GGUACUAUCACCACCACCACCACCACUGCUGUUCCUUGACUAGGCUCAUCGCCAUGUUCCGCAACGGCGCGUCGCGCACCCUCUUCCGUUCCCUCCAUGCCCAUGCCCAUGCCCAUGCCCGUACCCACGCCGCCGUCCCAUCCCAGCCGGCCCUUCGCACCGUCAACGGUCGGCUACAAUCCCAAUUCACCUCGCAGCUAUGCACGCUCACGAGGAGGCCGCUCGCCGCGGCGUCUAUGAAGCCAUUGGCCCUGCAAUUCGCGCGUGGAGCCGCGGCCUCUAACAAGGACCCAGUCGACACCGUCGACACCAAACAUGAGAAGGAACUCGCCAAGCACAUCAUCGAGGCCGACCCGGAGAUGGUCAGCCUUGACUCGACGGUGCAUCCCGUCUUUGGCGAAGUCGGCGUCAAGGAGCAGCAGGAGGACCAGAAAAUCAUGUCGGGUGUGAGUGCCGAUAUCCAGACCAUCAAGGACACCUUCGACCUCUCCGAAGUCCCCAAACCCGCCCUCUACAUUGGUCUGGCCGGUGUCCUUCCCUACGUCGCCACCUCAAUGAGCACCGUCGCCUGCGCCUACGAGGUCCAUCGCGCGCACGAAGUCGGCUCCGGUCUCCUUCUCGACGAGAAGUCGGCCGAGCUGCUCCUCCACAUUCUCGAGCCUUUGCAAGUCGGAUAUGGAGCUACCAUCAUCUCCUUCCUCGGUGCCAUCCACUGGGGUCUCGAAUGGGCCAAGUUUGGUGGCGAGCAAGGCUGGCAGCGAUACUCCAUCGGUGUCAUUGGCACUGCUCUCGCCUGGCCAACCAUCCUCCUUCCCGUCGAGUAUGCUCUGAUUAGCCAAUUUCUCGUCUUCAACUACAUGUAUUACAAGGAUGUCCGCGCAGCCCGAAGCGGAUGGGCUCCGCAGUGGUACGGCACCUACCGUUUUGUGCUGACUUUCAUCGUUGGUGCCUCGAUCGUCGUCUCGCUCAUUGGGCGUGGACAAGUUGCUGAUCGCAUUGGUCGCUCUUCGGGCCCGGCAGAGCGCGUCAGGGAGCUGAGAGAGCACCAGGCCGCAGAGGCUGAGAACGAAGAGGAGCAGAGGAGGAAGCUGCUUGCAUCAAAGGAGGAAGAGGAAGAGGAAGAAAGCGACGAGUAGAAGAAGGAGGAUGACAAGUAGGGAGGGAAACAUGAGGAGCAUGGACCGUGGAACAACAGGAAAUAUCGGCGAGGGAGAAAUGGAAAAGAUUGGCGAUGGAAAGCUGGUGGGCAAGGCGUAAAGUCCUGCUCACGUGUACAUGAUUGAUGCCUUGUUAUGCAUCGGCGUCGUGAACAGAUCGAGCCAAUAAAAGGUGUACGACUACCGACAUGGCCAUGUGUUGUAAUUGGACGGCAACAGAGAAUUCGGUUGAAUUGCUAAUGUGUUCCCAACCUCGAUAUUGAGGAUGUGCUGCGCUCGUGGGAUGGCUGACGGGAUCUGCAG